AUCACUGUCUGUGAAGCAGAUUUAGCAGAGAAAGAAAGAAAAAAGCAAAACCAACCAAAAAACCAAAACAAAAAAAAAAAGAAAAGAAAAGCUGAAUCGUCUCAACACGCCUCAGAAUAUAGUAAUUUUUUUUUUUUUUUUCUCGGAAUCCAAACAGAGCUGUGUGUCAGACUCACACCGUGGCCAUCUUGAUUGUUCUUUCAAUAUUUCACUUUAAAGCCUUCAAUUCCACUUACAUUUUUCUCAUUGAGUUGAGUUCUGAGAAAUAAGCUUGUUUUGUUGAUCGAUCGGAGUUAUAGUGGUCAUCUGCUUUGAGUGAAAGUUUCUGAAGUGAGUUCUUUUCUGAGCACAUUGCAUCUGCCCAUACACUCAAAGUCUCAGGCUUUUGGGUUGUAAAGACAUUUCAGGGAAGAUGUCACGUUCUCGGGUCCAGCCUUCUUUCCAGUCCAUCAGAUCGUUGCCUGGGGAUUUUCGCUUCGCAGGUACUUCUGAUCAUCUCGAAAAAUCAGAAGUUGGGAAUUCGGGAAACACUGAUGUGAUGUCAUCUAGUAUUCCUGAAAAUGGUGAGUUAGGGGAUGCGGUUGUUGAGGAUACAGUUGGCAACAUGGAUCAUCAGGUUAUUGAGGAUUCGCCGUAUUGUGGGAAUGCACUAUUAGUUGAAGACAGGCCCUCAAUUGGUGAUGAAGAGUUGGAUUCUGUGGCUUCACAAUUGCCUUCAAUCUCAACAUCUCGUAGUGAGCGUAGGUGGGGUGACACCACUCCUUAUGCUGCCAAGAAGAAACUUCAAUCUUGGAUUCAACUUCCAAACGGGGAUUGGGUGCUGGGGAAGAAUUUAUCAACUUCAUCAUCUGAGUCUAUUAUUUCACUGCCUGAUGGGAAAGUUUUAAAUGUUAAAACAGAAAGCUUGAUACCAGCAAAUCCUGAUAUACUUGAUGGCGUAGAUGAUUUGAUGCAGCUAAGUUAUUUAAAUGAACCAUCAGUGUUAUACAAUCUUCAGUAUAGAUACAAUCAAGAUAUGAUAUAUACAAAAGCAGGGCCUAUUUUGGUAGCUAUAAAUCCCUUUAAGAAAGUUCCCUUAUAUGGAAAUGGUUACAUUGAAGCAUAUAAGCGUAAAUCUGUUGAGAGCCCACAUGUAUAUGCCAUUACGGAUACGGCCAUCCGAGAAAUGAGACGAGAUGAAGUAAAUCAAUCUAUCAUAAUAAGUGGUGAAAGUGGAGCCGGGAAAACUGAGACAGCAAAGAUCGCGAUGCAAUAUUUGGCUGCUCUUGGUGGUGGAAGUGGAAUAGAAUAUGAAAUAUUGAAGACUAAUCCGAUCUUAGAAGCUUUUGGUAAUGCAAAAACAUUGAGAAAUGACAACUCAAGUCGCUUUGGAAAGCUGAUAGAAAUUCACUUUAGUGAAACUGGAAAAAUAUCUGGUGCCAAUAUUCAAACUUUUUUGCUUGAAAAGUCUCGAGUGGUCCAAUGCACAGAGGGAGAGAGGUCAUAUCAUAUAUUUUAUCAGCUUUGUGCUGGGGCUCCAUCUGCUCUUAGAGAGAAACUAAAUUUGAAGAGUGCAGAUGAGUAUAAUUAUCUGAUGCAGAGCAAUUGUUAUUCAAUUUCUGGGGUUAAUGAUGCUGAACAAUUUCGCAUUGUUGUGGAAGCUCUGGAUGUGGUCCAUAUCAGCAAAGAAGACCAACAUAGUGUAUUUGCAAUGCUUGCUGCUGUCUUGUGGCUAGGAGACAUCUCAUUUUCUGUGAUUGAUAAUGAAAACCAUGUUGAAGCUGUGACAGAUGAAGGUCUGCUUAAUGUUGCUAAUUUAAUUGGAUGUGAUGCUGGGGAGCUUAAGUUAGCUUUGUCAACUCGCAAGAUGAGAGUUGGGAAUGAAAAUAUUGUCCAAAAGCUAACUCUAUCACAGGCCAUUGACACAAGAGAUGCAUUAGCGAAGUCAAUAUAUGCUUGUUUGUUUGAGUGGCUGGUUGAACAAAUUAACAAAUCACUUGCAGUAGGCAAACGGCGUACUGGCAGAUCCAUCAGCAUUCUUGAUAUCUAUGGCUUUGAAUCAUUUGAUAGGAAUAGCUUUGAACAAUUCUGCAUAAAUUAUGCAAAUGAGAGAUUGCAGCAACACUUUAAUCGCCAUCUAUUCAAGUUAGAACAAGAGGAAUAUAUCCAAGAUGGCAUUGACUGGGCAAAAGUUGAUUUUGAAGACAACCAGGAUUGUCUUAGUCUUUUUGAAAAGAAACCAUUGGGAUUAUUGUCCCUGCUGGAUGAGGAGUCAACUUUUCCGAAUGGCACGGAUUUGACCUUUGCAAACAAGCUUAAGCAGCAUCUCAAUUCUAAUUCUUAUUUCAGAGGAGAACGAGGAAAAGCCUUUUCUGUCUGUCACUAUGCAGGGGAGGUUACGUAUGACACGACUGGAUUUCUGGAAAAGAACAGGGACUUGUUGCAUCUGGAUUCCAUUCAACUUUUGUCUUCAUGCUCUUGCCACCUUCCUCAGAUAUUUGCUUCCAGUAUGCUAACACAAUCUGAGAAGCCUGUAGUAGGUCCUUUAUAUAAAUUAGGUGGAGCAGAUUCCCAAAAGCUAAGUGUCGCAACAAAAUUUAAGGGUCAACUAUUCCAACUGAUGCAACGCCUAGAAAGCACCACACCACAUUUCAUACGUUGUAUCAAGCCCAAUAACCUUCAAUCUCCUGGAUUGUACGAGCAAACACUUGUACUGCAGCAGUUAAGAUGUUGUGGAGUCCUAGAAGUAGUUCGAAUAUCAAGAUCUGGCUUUCCCACCCGAAUGUCGCACCAAAAGUUUGCCAGAAGAUAUGGUUUUCUUCUGCUGGAGAAUGUCACAUCACAGGAUCCACUUAGUGUUUCAGUUGCGAUUCUUCAUCAGUUCAAUAUCUUGCCAGAGAUGUAUCAAGUUGGCUAUACAAAAUUGUUUUUCCGAACUGGACAGAUUGGAGUACUUGAGGAUACAAGAAACCGUACGCUCCACGGCAUUCUACGGGUUCAAAGCUGCUUCAGAGGACACCAAGCACGCUGUUACCUUAAGGAGCUUAGAAGAGGAAUUUCCAUUCUUCAGUCAUUUGUUCGGUCAGAAAAAACUAGAAAGGAAUAUGCAGUCUUACUGCAGAGACAUAGAGCUGCUAUUGUAAUACAAAAGCAGAUGAAAGCCAGGAUUUCUAGGAAGAAAUUGAAGAAUCUUUGUGAUGCCUCAAUUCUGAUACAAUCAGUAAUUCGUGGUUGGCUGGUCAGAAGAUGCUCAGGAGAUAUAGGACUAUUAAAAUCUGGGGACAUAAAGGCUAACGAGUCAGAUGAGGUGCUGGUAAAAUCUUCUUUCCUUGCUGAAUUACAACGUCGAGUUCUGAAGGCUGAGGCUGCUCUGAGAGAAAAAGAAGAGGAGAAUGACAUUCUCCACCAACGUCUCCAACAGUAUGAGAGUCGUUGGUCUGAAUAUGAGCUGAAAAUGAAAUCCAUGGAAGAAGUGUGGCAGAAACAAAUGAGAUCCCUACAAUCUAGCCUCUCCAUUGCAAAGAAGAGCCUAGCCAUUGAUGAUUCUGAAAGAAACUCUGAUGCAUCUGUAAAUGCAAGUGAUGACAGAGACUAUAGCUCAGAUAUAGGAAGUAAUCCUAGAUCAGUUGAGAGCAAUGGGUUGAGACCAAUGAGUGCAGGUUUGAGUGUAAUUAGCCGAUUGGCUGAAGAAUUUGAGCAGAGGAGUCAAGUAUUUGGUGAUGAUGCUAAGUUCUUGGUGGAGGUAAAAACUGGUCAAGUCGACGCAAGUUUAAAUCCAGACCGGGAACUUAGAAGGUUGAAGCAGAUGUUCGAAGCAUGGAAGAAGGAUUAUGGGGCAAGACUGCGGGAGACAAAGGUGGUUUUGCAUAAGCUUGGAAAUGAAGAUGGUUCCACUGUGAAAAGGAAAUGGUGGGGAAGGAGGAACAGCUCAAGGAUAAAUUAGAAGGUUAUAAUUGUCUGAAUAUUUUUUUGAGCCCCUUUCUAUUUCUGUCUCUGGAAAUUCUUAAGGAGGAACAACCCACUGUAGCAGGUUAAUUGUCUCAUCAUCAUUUGUUGUUAGCGCUUUUAUAUUUAUGGUUGCGAGUUUGUUGCAUAGAGCAAUUGUGAAGAGUUUUUGGUGUUACACACGAUUUGGUACACUACAGAGCCUAGUGAUUCAAAUAUGUAAAUCAAUUUAAAUAUAGUUAGAGUUACUUCAGUAUGAAAUGCGAGUUGUCUACCGUAGGCAUAGGAACUACUGGUCUUGAAUGAUGCUUUCACCUACUUAUAUCUGACAAUAUGGUUUGUGAAUGAUUGAUUCCAUUUGUUUUGCGUAUAGCAUUCA